GCGCUGCGGGCAGUGAGUGUGGAGGCGCGAACGCUCGGCGGAGCUCGAGCUGCUGCAGCUUCUGCCGCCGCGAGAGGAGCCUUGAUCCCCGCGCACCGGACACCCCGGGCCUCGCCAUGGCUGACCAGCUGACUGAGGAGCAGAUCGCAGAGUUCAAGGAAGCCUUCUCCCUCUUUGACAAGGACGGAGAUGGCACUAUCACCACCAAGGAGUUAGGGACAGUGAUGAGAUCCCUGGGACAGAACCCCACUGAAGCCGAGCUGCAGGACAUGAUCAACGAGGUGGAUGCAGAUGGGAAUGGGACCAUUGACUUCCCGGAGUUCCUGACCAUGAUGGCCAGAAAGAUGAAGGACACAGACAGUGAGGAAGAGAUCCGAGAGGCCUUCCGUGUCUUUGACAAGGAUGGAAACGGCUACAUCAGCGCCGCUGAGCUACGCCACGUAAUGACGAACCUUGGCGAGAAGCUGACUGAUGAGGAGGUGGAUGAGAUGAUCAGAGAGGCUGACAUUGACGGAGACGGCCAGGUCAAUUAUGAAGAGUUUGUACAGAUGAUGACCGCAAAGUGAAGGCCCGGGCAGCUGGCGAUGCCCGUUCUCUUGAUUCUCUCUUCUCGCGCGCGCACUCUUUCUUCAACACUCCCCCUGCGUACCCUGGUUCUAGCAAAUACCAACUGAUUGACUGAGAAUCUGAUAAAGCAACAAAAGAUUUGUCCCAAGCUGCAUGAUUGCUCUUUCUCCUCCCCCCUCGAGUCCCCUUCCACACUCCCUCCCCCUCAUCUCUUCCUUUUGCGCUCCCCCCUCCCCUCCCAUCUCCCAAGGCCUGACACAUUCAUGAGAUGAACCCCCCCCACCCCCCAGUUCCCUCAGGGGAGCCUCUGCCUCCUCCUCCAGCCCGGGGGGGCUCUCCUCCCUUUUUGUCUGUUUCCUUUCAUUUGUCAUCUUAUUUUGGGUGCUGGGGCGGCUGCCAGCCCUGUCCUGGGACCUGCUAGGGAGGGACACGGCCCUUGCCCAGGCAGAAGAGCAUGCCCUCUGCUAUUGCAUGCCCCGCCAGCCUGUGAAUCCGUAUGCAAAGCCCAGCAACCUUGUGGGCCAGGGGUACCGGGAGAGGCCUUCCAGGAGGACGGAGUAGGGACCGAGGAAUCGUGGUGUUGGUUGGAUUUGGCCCAGAAGGGGGCCACAGGGCCAGGGAGUCUCGGAAGCUGGCAUUCUCUUACCACUUGAGGGGCCGACUCAUAGUGGGGGGACAGGGUGGACAACACUCAGACCCCAUUGGCUGCACUUCUGAAACCACCGGUGAUUGGCUUUCUGCGGUGAGGCUUGGGGGCGGGGAGCUGCUCAGCUGGCCACUCUGCAAAGCGUCCAUGCCCACGUUCCUAAAGUGAUCUCUAGCUCUUCUGUAAAUACCUGGUGCUAACAUCCC